AUGUCCGCCGUACUUCUGGGGGACCCGCUCACCCCAAAGAGGGGCCCGACCGAGGAGGAGGAGGAGUUCAGCUUCCUGCUGGUAGAUGAGGAGGAGACCCUGCAGGUAAAAGAUGUGGCUGACUUUAUCAAGAGACUUGGAUGUAGUCCACAAGAACCUGUCAAAGUUCUCAGUAUUUUCGGUAAUACCGGAGAUGGCAAGUCACACACUCUCAACCACAUGUUUUUUGGGGGUCUGGAGAUCUUCAGGACCUCUCCCUCCCAGGACUCUUGCACAGUGGGGGUAUGGGCUUCAUACUACCCAGAAUUGUCCUUGGUGUGCUGCUGGAUACUGAAGGUCUUCUGGGGGCCACAGAUAAACAGAACCAACGCCUGCGUCUCCUGCUGAAGGUUCUGGCUGUGUCGGAUCUAGUGCUUUAUAGGACAAGGGCAGAGAGGUUACACAACGAUAUGUUUCAGUUUUUGGGGAACGCCUCAAAGGCUUAUUUGAAGUUCUUCACUCCUGAGCUAAAGGCCUUAUCUAGUCGCUGUGGGCUGGAGGUAACACUGUCCAGUCUUGGACCGUCCCUCACAAUUUUCCAUGAGACU